AUGACGCCCCCAAAGAAGGCGACUAAGCAAACAAAAUUGAAAAUUCUGUAUCGUCGGCGGACAAAUAUUUUGGGUUCCGCAAAUUUAAUAAAAUCGUUUGCUGACACGUUCGAUGCCACAAAAAAUGAUCAGUUACCCGUACGCAUUCAACGACUUGAUGCGUUGGGGCAAGAAUUUGAGGAAACACAAGAUGAAAUUGAGAUUCUUGAAGAUGCAGAAGAAGAGUUUUUGCAAGAAAGGGAAGAAUUUCAAACCCUUUACUUUGAAUUGAAGGCUUCGUUACAGGGUAAACUUCCCGUACAAGCACCCGUACCUCCGCCACCCCCUCCUGCUCAACCAUUAUUGGCUUCCGUCCCCAUUACGUCGAGCGUUCGUUUGCCUGAAAUAAAAUUGAAGGAGUUCUCUGGGAAUCUCGAUGAUUGGGUGUCAUUCCGCGAUCUUUUCGUCUCGCUAAUUCAUUCGAGCGUACAACUAACGGCUGUACAAAAAAUGCAUUAUUUGCGAGCUGCACUUUCUGGCGAAGCAGCUCGCCUCAUAUCAUCGUUCGAGAUUUCCGCUAACAAUUAUCUCGUAGCGUGGAACUUGUUGAAAGAACGCUUCGAAAAUUCAAAUUUUCUGGUAAAGCGGCACAUGUCUGCAUUACUUACGAUUCCUACUCUGAGAAAAGAGUCUGCACAGGGACUUGCAGAUCUUGCUGAUGAGUGCCAUCGUCACGUACAGUUGCUGGAUAAACUCGAAGGUGCUGAGAAUCAUUGGAAUUCCUUUCUAGUUGAAAAAUUGAGCCAAUGUCUUGAUGCUGUUACACUCCGUGAGUGGGAGACACUUGUUUCCGAUGAAGAAGACUACCCGAAGUACAAAGACCUCCUCGAGGUUAUCCAUAGAAGAUCGCGGAUAAUCCAAACGCUUAAGCUCUCCCAAUCGGCAAAUACCCUAUCCAAGGCAAGCCAAGUCACUGUUCGUUGUUUCCGACAAUGUGCUCCAAGUGUGGUAGCUGCAAGCAGGCACACUUCCCGUUUCAGUGUGAACAAUUCCGAAUGCUCUCCCCCCAAUAACGGUUUGAAGUCGCGAAGAAACACGGGCUGUGUAUUAAUUGCGCAUCAAGCAAAGAAUUGCACCAGCGGUUCCUGCAAGAGAUGCGACAAGAAGCAUCACGUUGUGGCAACUACAAGGCAGCUAGUAGCUGCGAACAAACCCGCUGAAGCAAACACUUUGGCGCCUCGUCAAUUGUCGCAUUUCGUUCCGAAUCAUAUCGAAAGCUCUCCGUCGGAAGGGCCCGCGGUCGCCUCACCACCUGUCACGUCGUCGUUUCGUUCGCAGUUGUCGCGCGGUCAUCCUUUCCCAAAUUCGUCGUUUACGUCGGUUGAUUUCGUUUCUCCAUCCACCUCUUGUCAAAGUGCAGAAGUGAACACCCAAUUCUGGCAGUCAACGGUUAUUCUGUCAACAGCAGUGAUAAAGGUGAAAGAUGCAGACAACCAGUACGUUCACGCCAGAGCCCUGUUAGACAGUGGUUCACAGCCAAGUUUUAUUUCCGAAGCAUUAUGUCAAAAGCUUCGUUUGAAGCGGACCAAGUUGAAUUCGCCAGUUAGUGGCAUCGGACAAUCCAUCGUCAACGUCCGCUACGCUGUGAAACUAUCGAACGCUUCUCGUUUUGAAUCCUUCAACGCCGAACUGGACUGCCUCGUGCUGCCGAAGCUUACCGUCUCGCUGCCGGGACACCACAUUGAUAUCUCUUGUUGGAGGAUCCCAAGGCAUCUCCCACUCGCUGAUCCACAAUUCAACAUCAGUCAAGGUGUGGAUAUCAUUAUUGGAGCUGCUCUGUUCUUCGAUCUUCUCCAACACGAGCAGAUAUUUAUCACUCCUGGUUAUCCUAAGCUACAAAAAACGGUUCUGGGAUAUAUCGUCUGUGGAAAACUAGAACAGCCAAUGAAUGAAACCACAAAAACGCAGACUUGCCACAUUUGUGUCGAAGACAGACUCGAUACGCAGCUUCAGCGGUUUUGGGAGAUUGAAAAUUUUGAUGAUGGUAAGGCUUUAACUCCAGAUGAACAACUUUGCGAAGAUCACUUCCAAAAUACCAUCGCUCGUGAUGAGACGGGCCGAUACGUCGUACGACUUCCGCUCAAGGAAGAAAAGGUGUCGAUGCUUGGAGAUUCGUAUACCUCGGCGCUCCGGAGAUUCCAACACAUGGAGAAAAGAUUUGUCGCAGAUGAAGAUCUCCGUCGCAGUUAUACAGAGUUCCUGGAGGAGUGUGAGAGGUUGGGUCACAUGGAGCCGGUUUCCGUCGCGCCGCGUAGCUCACAGUUUUUCUUAUCCCACCAUGCCAUCCAGCGCCCAGACAGUACUCCCACCAAAACACGGGUGGUAUUUGACGGUUCCUGUCGUGGAGCAGCCUCGCUAUCGCUGAAUGAAGCACUCUACGUCGGACCAACGGUUCAGCCAACCCUCCGUCCGUCUGCCACGAUUUGUCAUAACAGCUGA